GACUGCAGAAUAAACUAAAGCACAAAGUCAAGAUCUGUAAACAGAACUCAUGAACUUCUCAUGCAGUUAAUUCCAUAAAUUUUGAAAUUUUAGGCCAAAAAUCUUCUCUCUCUCUCCCCCUCCUCUGCACAUCUGCCCAUUAAACAAUCAAAAUGGCAGAUUCCCAAUCAUCCCCUCCACUCCAUAGCAAACACCCAUAAUUGCACCCAACAAUCAACAAUCAAUUUUUUUUUAUUUGCCCAUCCCCCCCCAAAAAAAAUCCUCUUCAUCACAUACAUACCAACCUCAACUUCCUCUCCUCAACCUUUCAAUUCACACACUAUCUAUCAAUCUCCAUCACAACCCUUUUCUCUUUCCACCACCACAACCAUCUUUUUCCCACAACCCAUUAUGAACAACCACCACCCUUCUUCCUCCACCACUUCCACCACCACCACCACCUCUGUCAAUGGCUUCUACAACUUCCUCACCCGAGGCCUCGAGGAUCUUCACUCCACCUUCCCCUCCUCCUCCUGCAAUUCCAUGUCUCUCCAUUUUCUCCAACACGUUCUCUCUUUGCUCCGGUCCUUCCAUUCUGAACUUACUAUUUUAGUCCAGAAGCUCAGAUUACCUGUAGGAGAGAAAUGGCUCGACGAGUACAUGGAUGAGAGCUCGAGGCUUUGGGAAGCUUGUCAUGUUCUCAAAGCCGGGUUAUCCAACAUGGAAGGUUUUUACUCUGCUGGUUCUAAUGUAGCAUCCUCCAUUGAUGACCAGAUGAUUACUCCACAACGUUCCCGCCAGGUUAUUCGGUUGAUCACUGGUUGCCGAAGAGAAGCAGUUGGAUUAGAAGAAGAGAACAGGAACUUGAUGGAAACAAGAAUUCAACCAUUGUCUCUAAAAUUUGAUGGGAAUGUCUCCAUAGAAUCCAGGUUCAAUGCCUUCAAUGGCUUUCGAGGCGUGCUCUAUGCAAUGAGGAAUGUGAGCUCAUUGCUCUUGAUGAUCUUGUUCAAUGGACUUGUCUAUUUUUGGCCUCAAACAAACUUCUUCCAUGGAGAUUGUGAGGGACAGAUGGUUUUUGGCUCGGCUUUCAUGGUCUCAGCUGCCAGGUUACACCAAAGAGUGGUGGCGGAGAUGAGUCAGAUGAUCAAUGGGAACACGGGGAUUGUGCUUUGUGAGUUCAGAAGGGCGCGAAUCGCCAUUGAAGAGAUGAGAGAGGAAUUGGAGAGAGUUGUGGAGUAUGGGAGAGAAGGGGAUGAUGUUCAUGACAAGGUUGAGGAAUUGAGGACUGGCUUUGGAGUGUUGAAGUGUGGGGUUGAGAAUUUAAUUAUGCAGCUUGAUGACUUCUUUGAUGAAAUAGUAGAAGUGAGGAAGAAGCUUUUGGACAUGUGCACACAUGGGUAGAGAGAGAUGGGAGUUCAAACUUUGCCAAAAAAGUCUAAUUGUACCGAAAGAACUGGAUACAGAAUACAAAAAUGUGGGAUAAUAUAAUUAUAAUUAUAGAUGCGAAUAAAUGUUUAUUCACAUUUAUAUAUUUUGUGUCCCGUUCUUUCUAUGCAUGUAACAUAGUUGCGUACUAUGUGAAGGCACAAUGCAAUCUGUUCAAAUGAGAUGAGUCCUAUCAAUAUGUGUGGAUAAGAAAUUUGUGUCUGAUUCUGUGAAUGAAUUCAGUACACAUAGCAGGAUUGAUGAAAAAAUCGGUUGUUAGUUUAGACAUCUUCAUCUAUAUUGUUCUUUUUAGGAAGAAUUACACCAAUAGUCAUUGUGAUUUGUUUUCUU